CUAAUUUAUUAGUAAUUUUGACAUGGGUUAUUGUUCAUGAUAUGGAAUUUUCAAAUGUGAAGGAAGAUUUAAAUUGUAAUUUGUUAUUUUGGUUUGGGAAGUGAAAUAUGAUUUUUAUGAAAACUUUGUUAACAUGUCAUCAUUCUUUAUCAAAAUGGUCUGGCAGUAACUUGUCAAGAAAUGCCAGGAUCACUUUUCAAAAGUUUUCCACCUCCCCUAUCAAACAAGUUAGGUCUAAAAUACAAGGUGCGAAACGUAAACUUGAUUCAUUUGAACCUCAAAUUGAUGGUCUAAUUAUUGAUACUUCAAGUCUAGAUGGGUCAAAGUUAUGGAAACCUUUUAUAUUCACUGCUGUAUUCAGCACAACAAGUCUUGCUACUGCAGCAAUUUGGGAGUUUGAAAACAUACAUAAGAAAAGAAGGCAAAUAAAGGACUGGUUGCACCAUUCAAGAAGAAAAUAUGGAUCAAUGAGAAGUGACGUUAAUAAAUGGUGGAAUAAUCUCACAGAAGGUGAGAGAAUAUUUGCUCCUCUCUGUUUACUUAACAUAAUUGUGUUUUUGGCAUGGAAGUUACCAGCAUUUCAGCCCCUAAUGGUGAAAUAUUUUUGCUCAAAUCCAGCUGCAAAAAAUGUAUGUUGGCCUAUGGUUCUUUCUACAUUUAGCCAUUAUUCGGCAAUGCAUAUAUUUGCCAACAUGUAUGUUCUACACAGUUUUUCAUCAGGUUGUGUUUCUAAUAUGGGCAAAGAACAGUUUCUUGGAUUUUAUUUAGCUGCUGGUGCCAUAGCUUCCUUUGCCAGCUAUGUACAUAAAGUUCUAAUUAACAGGCCUGGAUUGUCUCUUGGUGCGAGUGGAGCCAUAAUGGGCGUGUUAGGGUAUUGCUGUACGAGGUUUCCUGAUCUGGAACUAAAUAUAAUUUUCUUACCUUUCUUUGUUUUCAAAGCAAGUGCCGCUAUUAAAUUUAUAAUGGGUAUUGAUGCGUUGGGCAUUCUGCUUGGAUGGAGAUUUUUCGAUCAUGCAGCACAUUUGGGAGGAGCAUUGUUUGGUGUAUUUUGGUCAGCUUACGGCUCAGCUUAUGUAUGGAAUAAGAGAGGUCCUGUCGUGGAAACUUGGUACAAAUUUCGAAAAGCUACCUUCAGUGAUUAAUUAGCUUUAAGUGAUACUGACAAUUACAAACAAAUAUAUUUUGUAAGUAAUCAGUUUCAAAUUUGAUAAUUCUAAUAAAUUUUUAUGAAUUUA